UCAGCGAGCUGCUGAAGCCAACGCACCCCCGGCCAGACGCGGCCUCGCAGCCCCCGGAGCUGGCGCACGUCUCAUCACCCCCCGAAGGCGGGUGCCCGCCGCGGCCCUGGAGCUAGUGCUGUGCGUCCCUAGGCGCACGCGAGCAGGGGCCGUGGAGGGGCAGCGCGCCCCCCAACGCGGGCACAGCCGCUCUUAGAAAUUUGGCGUCUUUCUUUUACCGUCUCCCCUUCUUUCCCUCCCUCCCCCCUCCAGGUAUAAAGGUAGAUAGGAAAAACCAAAACACAAAUAAAUACAAAGUUCUCCAGCCACCUCCCCAGCAGGGGCAGCAAGGGGAUGUAGCCCAUCUUCACUUUACUGGCUUCCUGGAAAGGUAUUUCCCAGUCUCAGAAUUUGGGGAGCGGGCGGUUAGAGGAGGCAAUAAUGGGAGUGGCGAGGAUAAAAAAUGUGUUUGGAAGCUGCGUUUGCUAACAUGCGCUUGGCUUUUGUUUCCAUUGUGUGUUUAUUUGCGGUGAGGGUGCUCUUGGGGUGCAAGGUCUUGGGGUGGGAGCUGGUUUGGCGGAGCAAGCUGACGUUUUUCUUAGAUUGUAUGGCACAAAUCUGUGAAAUAACGUGUUCUAAAGAUGCUGAAUUUUUAAAUUUAUUAUUACUAUGUUUAUUUGGGGGACUGUUGUAGAUGAUGGGGGCCCCCAAGUUCCCCUUUUCCAGAGUCCUGAAGAAUCUCCCCGCCGCCUCCCCCUCCGCUCGCCGAGAUUUCAACGAGCCGCGGGAAUGAUCCACAAGCGGGGAGCAGCCAAGUGGAGGGGGCCGAAGUCGGGGAGGGGGUCCCACCAUGCCCAAAGUCUUCCUGGUGAAGAGGAGGAGCCUGGGGGUCUCGGUCCGCAGCUGGGAUGAGCUCCCGGAUGAGGAAAGGGCAGACACCUACAUCCCAGUGGGCCUGGGCAGUCUGCUCCACGACCCCCCGGAGGACUGCCGCAGCGACGGCGGUAGCAGCAGCGGCGGCGGCAGCAGCAGCAGCAGCAGCGCGGGGGAGCCCGGAGGCGCCGAGAGCAGCUUGUCCCCGCGCGCCCCCGAGCGCGAAACCCCCGAACCCCGCGACGCCGACGGCCCAGGUGGACACCUGGCGGCGAAGCAGCGCCCGGUCGCCAGGUCGAAAAUCAAGUUCACCACAGGCACGUGCAGCGACUCGGCGGUUCACAGCUGUGACCUGUGCGGCAAGGGCUUCCGCCUGCAGCGCAUGCUCAACCGGCACCUCAAGUGCCACAACCAGGUGAAGAGGCACCUGUGCACCUUCUGCGGCAAGGGCUUCAACGACACCUUCGACCUGAAGAGGCACGUCCGCACGCAUACAGGCAUUCGCCCCUACAAGUGUGAUGUCUGCAACAAGGCCUUCACCCAGCGCUGCUCCUUGGAGUCCCACCUGAAGAAAAUCCACGGGGUGCAGCAGCAGUACGCCUACAAGCAACGCCGGGACAAGCUGUACGUCUGCGAGGACUGCGGCUACACUGGCCCCACCCAGGAGGACCUGUACCUGCAUGUGAACAGUGCCCACCCGGGCAGCGCGUUUCUCAAAAAGACCUCCAAAAAAUUGGCGGCCCUUUUGCAAAACAAGCUGACGUCCACACUCCAGGGGAAUGCCAACCUGAGCGAGGAGGAGGAGAAGUGAGGAGGGGGUGGGGAGAGACGCCAGCGCUGCCACGUUUACACAGAUUUGGGGUUUCGAGGCUAUCCCGCCCCACUGGCUCUUUCUAAUUACAAGUGUUCUGUUCAUCUCUCUGUCCUUUUGGGGCCUCAGCAAGAGGAUCUGUUCCAACGUUGUCAGUUAUAAUAGUGGCGUCAGGCCCCCGUACCCCAUGUCCUAUUGAACAGUCACAGUUAACGAGUUUGUGGAUGGCCGUGAUGACCAUGGGGGAUUUUUUUUAGGGUUUUCACACAUGGAGGCAGAGGUGUUCUUAGAGAGACUACCAUUUUAUGGUGCCUUGAAAUAAAAGUACUUCCACUUGAAAUGCUGCUCAA